GAUGUACACGGAAUUGGUGCUAAAAUUCGUAUUUAUCAUGUCAGUGGGAAUCAGUUAGUAUAUAUGGCAUUAUGUUUAGGAAUUAAGCCAGUGAUUGAACACCUUAGCAAUGGCUCGAGUGGCAGUGAUUUGUGUGGCUUUACUGGUCUGUUUGGCUGGAGUAUAUUCAGCUCCCCAAUUCGGCGGAUCGUAUAGCCAAGCGAACGCCCAGGCCGGCUCAUUCGGCGGCGGGCCCUACGGCCCCGGCUUCCAAGGCCCGGUUGGACUCCCCGGACCCCCCGGCUACGGAUCCGGCUUCGGCGGCCCGGGCUUCGGCCGAAGAUUCGGCAACAGAGGAAGCAGUGGGAGCACUAACAUCAGUAUAUCGAAGAGCAUCAGUAUCAGCAGAGGCAGCGGCGGUGGGGCACAGUCUAGUGCGCAAUCCAGUGCGGGAUCCAGUGGGUUUGGGAAAUAAUAAUUGGUAGAAAUAUUGCCUUUUGAUAGAAAAUUUAUAUUAAAGUGUUAAAUAUUA